GGCUCGGACCUGUUGCUCGGCCGCUGGCAACUCGCGGCGCCGCGCGUGGGCAGAGGGUCGGGCCGCGCGCCCCCCCCCGUGGUGCAGCGGGCGCCAUGUUCAUGCACAGCGAGGCCGACAUCAAGAAGGUGAAGCGCGUGCAGUUUGGCAUCCUCGGCCCAGACGAAAUCAAGGCGAUGUCUGUGAUGCAGCCUGACGGAGUGACCUCGGACCGCACGUUCGACAACGGCAAGCCGGUGCAGGGCGGGCUGAUGGACCCGCGCCUCGGCUCCAUCGACCGCUACAUCAACUGCGCCACCUGCGGCAUGGACCACAACGAGUGCCCCGGCCACUUUGGCCACAUCGAGCUCGCAAAGCCGAUGUACCAUGUCUCCUUCCUCGAAAACACGAUGAAGACGCUCCGCUGCGUCUGCUUCUCCUGCUCUGUGAUCCUCGGCGACGAGCCGCCCGACCCCGCGACGGGCCAGCUCUCGGGUGACGCGCUCCGCAUCUCGCGCGCCACGCGCGUCAAGAAGCCCGAGCGGCGGCUCCGCGCCGUGAUGGACAUUGCAAAGUCCAAGUCUGUCUGCUGGUCCUGCUCUACGCCCCAGCCGACCUUCAAGAAGGACGGGCUGAUGAUCCGCGCAGAGUUCAAGGAGGCGACGGAUGACCACGAGAAGAAGCUGGAGCUGACGGCGGAGCGGGCGCACAAGAUCCUCAAGGGCAUCUCUGACGUCGACGCGCGCCGCCUCGGCUUCGACCCCGAGAACGCGCGCCCCGACUGGAUGGUGAUCACGGUGCUGCCCGUCCCUCCGCCGCAAGUGCGCCCCUCCAUCCAGAUGGAGGGGGCGGGCGGGCGGGGCGAGGACGACCUGACCGUCAAGCUGAUGGACAUCGUGCGGACGAACCGGUCGCUAAAGGAGCAGGAGCGGAACGGCGCGCCGAACCACAUCGUGCUGCAGCACGUCUCCCUCCUGCAGUACCACCUCGCCACCCUGGUCACAAACACGCUCCCCGGCGUGCAGCCCGCAACCACCCGCUCGGGCCGCCCGCUCAAGUCCAUCUCGCAGCGGCUCAAGGGCAAGGAGGGGCGCGUGCGCGGCAACCUGAUGGGGAAGCGCGUCGACUUCUCCGCGCGCACGGUCAUCACCGGCGACCCGAACCUCGCCAUCGACGAGGUUGGCGUCCCGCGCACCAUUGCCCGCAACCUGACGUACCCCGAGGUCGUCACGCCCUUCAACAUCGACCGGCUGCAAGAGCUGAGGGGGGCGGAGGGGAGACGGGGAGAGAGCGCUCCUUUGCUCGCUCUUGCCACGAGGGCUCGGUACAUCAUCCGCUCCGACGGGAUGCGGCUCGACCUGCGCAUGCCGAGCGUGCAGAAGCACCUCCAGUACGGCUACAAGGCGCGCACGGACGGGAGCGCUGCCGCCGCCCCAUCGCGCCGCCUCACGCCGCAGCGGGCGGGUGUGCAACUGCAGGUGGAGCGGAUGGUCGAGGACGGGGACAUCGUCAUGUUCAACCGGCAGCCGUCGCUGCACAAGAUGUCCAUCAUGUCGCACCGGGUCAAGAUCAUGCCCUACUCCACCUUCCGCCUCAACCUCUCCGUGACGACGCCGUACAACGCCGACUUCGACGGCGACGAGAUGAACCUGCACGUGAUGCAGUCCAUGGAGACGCGCGCGGAGGCGUCCGAGAUCAUGUCGGUCGCGCGCUGCGUCGUCUCGCCCCAGUCCAACAAGCCCGUGAUGGGCAUCGUGCAGGACACCCUGCUCGGCUCGCGCGGCUUCACCAAGCGCGACACCUUCCUCCGCAAGGACAUGAUGAUGAACCUGGUGAUGCACCUCGACACCUUCACCGGCAAGCUUCCCGUGCCCGCCAUCCUCAAGCCCGAGCCGCUCUGGACGGGCAAGCAGGCGCAGUCCCUCAUCCUGCCCGACUUCUCGAUGGCGCGCUUCGCCAACGGCCGCCCCGACGCUGAAGAGAGGACCGACGAGCUCUCGCCGGGCGACACGCGCGUCGUCAUCGACCGCGGGGAGCUGCUCUGCGGCAUGCUCGACAAAAAGUCGCUCGGCACCGGCGCGGGCGGCGUGAUCCACACCAUCGCGAACGAGUUUGGGCCGCAGGGCGUGCGCGCCUUCAUCGGCGCGCACCAGCGGCUCGUCAACUACUGGAUCCUGCACCGCUCCUACUCGAUCGGCAUCGGCGACACGAUCGCCGACGCAAAGACGAUGGACGACAUCGUCGCCACCAUCGACGACUCCAAGCGGGAGGUGAAGAAGCUCGUCGAGAAGGCGCAGAACAACAAGCUCGAGUGCCAGCCCGGCCGCACCAUCCUCGAGUCGUUUGAGAACAACGUCAACCAGGUGCUCAACAAGGCGCGCGACAAGGCGGGCACCUCGGCGCAAAAGUCGCUCAAGGAGACCAACAACGUCAAGAACAUGGUCACCACCGGCUCGAAGGGGUCCUUCAUCAACAUCUCGCAGAUGAUCGCCUGCGUCGGCCAGCAGAACGUCGAGGGCAAGCGCAUCCCGUACGGCUUCCUCAACCGGACGCUGCCGCACUUCACCAAGGACGACUAUGGGCCCGAGUCUCGCGGCUUCGUCGAGAACUCGUACCUGCGCGGCCUCACCCCGCAGGAGUUCUUCUUCCACGCGAUGGGCGGCCGCGAGGGCCUGAUUGACACCGCCGUCAAGACCGCCGAGACGGGCUACAUCCAGCGGCGGCUCGUCAAGGCGAUGGAGGGCGUGACGGUCAAGUACGACGGCACGGUGCGCAACUCGCAGGGCGAGGUGCUCCAGUUCCUGUACGGCGAGGACGGGAUGGACGCGGUGCGGCUGGAGAACCAGAAGAUCGCGCACGUCGGCAUGCACAUCGACAAGCUGCGCAAGAUGUUCGAGCACAAGUUUGACGACCCAAACUACGGCCGCGUCCACGAGUCGCCCGUCGGCCAGCCGUGGAUGCGGCCCGGCCUCGCCGAGGAGCUCAAGCGCGACCCGCUGGCCAAGGAGGAGCUGCGGCAGGAGUUCGAGCAGCUGCUCGAGGACCGCCGCCUCCUCACCGACCCGCGGCUCGGCCCCUUCGCCAAGGGCAAGGCGGACCCGCCCUCGCCCGUCAACAUGAACCGGCUGCUGCGCAAGGCGCAGGGGCUCUACCCGGUGGACGCGUCCAAGCCGUCCGACCUCAAGCCGAUCGACAUCGUCAAGAAGGUGCGCUCGCUCCUCGACAAGCUCGUCGUCGUCAAGGGCACCGACGCCCUCUCCGUCGAGGCGCAGUACAACGCGACGUACAACUUCUUCUCGCUGCUGCGCUCGCAGCUCGCCUCCAAGCGCGCCUUCGACUGGCUGCUCGGCGAGGUGGAGUCGCGCUUCCUGCAGCACCGAUGCCAGCCGGGCGAGAUGGUGGGCGCUCUGGCCGCGCAGUCGAUCGGCGAGCCCGCCACGCAGAUGACGCUCAACACCUUCCACUACGCCGGCGUGUCGGCCAAGAACGUCACGCUCGGCGUGCCGCGCCUCAAGGAGAUCAUCAACGUCUCCAAGCGGCCAAAGACGCCGUCGCUCACCGUGUUUCUGCGCGAGGAGUUUGCGCGCGACUCGGAGGCGGCCAAGGAGGUGCAGUCGAUCCUCGAGCACACGACGCUCGGCUCGGUGACGAGGCAGACCGAGAUCUGGUACGACCCGCUGCGGCCGCUCGAGGCGGAGCGCGCGACGGUGGUGGAGGAGGACGAGGACUUCGUGCGUCUGUACUACGACACCUCGUUCGAGGAGAUCGACUUUUCAAAGAUCUCGCCGUGGGUGCUGCGCAUCGAGCUCGACAUGGAGGCGAUGGCGGACAAGAACCUGCUGAUGGAGGACAUCGUGAAGUGCAUCUCCGCCGAGUACGGCAGCGACGAGCUGCACGUCAUCCACUCGGAGGACAACGACGACCGGCUGGUGCUGCGCGUGCGGCUCGUCAACAGCGAGGCGGACAAGGAGGCGGAGGCGGAGGGGGACGAGGACGUCGAGCACACCUUCCUGCAGCGCAUCGAGCAGAACAUGCUCUCCGAGAUGACGCUGCGCGGCAUCGAGAAGAUCAAGCGCGUCUUCAUGCGCGAGCCGAAGCGCGAGCACGUCGACCCUUGGGUGCUCGACACGGAGGGGAUCAACUUCUCGGCGGUCGCGUCGGCCGACCGGCGGAUCGACCACACGCGGCUCAUGUCGAACGACAUUUGCGAGAUCAUCCGCAACCUCGGGGUCGAGGCGGUGCGGCAGGCGCUGCUCGGCGAGCUGCGCUCGGUGAUCGAGUUUGACGGCUCGUACGUCAACUACCGCCACCUGGCCAUCCUGUGCGACGUGAUGACGUACCGCGGCCACCUGCUCUCGGUCACGCGCCACGGAAUCAACCGCGUCGACAACGGCGCCCUCGCGCGCUGCUCUUUCGAGGAGACGGUCGACGUGCUGAUGGAGGCGGCCUGCUUCUCCGAGGCGGACCUGAUGCAGGGCGUCUCGGAGAACAUCAUGCUCGGCCAGCUCGCGCCGAUCGGCACCGGCGAGUUUGAGCUCUUCCUCAACACCGACAUGCUCGAGCUGGCGCAGCCCACCGACUUUGACCCUCUCUUCGACGGCGACGGCCUCGCCGGCAUGUCUCCCGGCGCGCUACUCGCCGACAAGCCCGGCGUACUCCCCGACGAGCCCCGCCUACGCGGCCACCUCGCCGUCCUACUCGCCCACCUCGCCGGGCUACUCGCCGACGAGCCCGGCCUACUCCCCGACGUCUCCGGCGUACUCGCCGACCUCGCCCGCGUACAGCCCGACCUCGCCGAGCUACUCGCCGACCAGUCCGAGCUACUCGCCGACCAGUCCGAGCUACAGCCCGACGUCGCCGAGCUACAGCCCGACUUCGCCGAGCUACUCGCCGACCUCGCCUGCCUACAGCCCGACCUCUCCGGCGUACUCGCCGACGUCACCCGCGUACAGCCCGACGUCGCCGGCGUACUCGCCGACCUCGCCCGCGUACAGCCCGACCUCGCCGGCCUACAGCCCGACGUCACCGGCGUACAGCCCGACGUCGCCGGCGUACAGCCCGACCUCGCCGGCGUACAGCCCGACGUCGCCGGCGUACUCGCCGACGUCGCCGGCGUACUCGCCGACGUCGCCGGCCUACAGCCCGACGUCGCCGGCGUACAGUCCUGGCGACUGACCUGAGCGGUCGGUGUACUCCACUUGCAUGCAGCAUGGAGAUCUUAAGCGAGUUGCCUUUGUGCCCGCACAGCAGACUUUGAGCGCGUCGCCCGCGCCCGUUUCCCACUCUCUCUCUUUGCCCACUUGUACGCAGCCGAGGCAGCGCGACUGCCAUGUCUUACAGUUUGCUCUUUCAGGGGUUGUGUGUUUACGUCGUGUUUCUUACAGAAGUCAGAACUCAGAA